AACAUUGUGGGAUCAUUCAGAGUAUUAAAACUUGAGCAUUCUAGAAAAAAAAAAAUAGGAGACACCAAUGAAGUUCAUUUGCAUUCUGGGAUUUCUUGCAGUGGUUAUCAGCUUCCAUGUGGUUGAUGCGGCAAGCGCAUGUGGAAAGUCGACUCCAGAUGAAGAGGCAAUGAGCCUUGCCCCUUGUGCAAUGGCUGCACAAGAUGCAAAAGCUGCUGUUUCUGAUGGUUGUUGCAAGCAAGUGAAGAGAAUUGGAGCAAACCCUAGCUGUCUCUGCGCUGUUCUGCUCUCCGACACUGCCAAGAGCUCCGGUGUGAAGCCUGAAGUCGCCAUUACCAUUCCUAAACGCUGCAACUUCGCCAACCGCCCAGUUGGCUACAAGUGUGGAGCUUAUACACUUCCAUGAUUGGAUUUAAAGGAAGUGGUGCAGAAGGCCAUGUAUUGGAGCUCUUGGCUACUAGCUAGUGUAACCAAGUAUAGAUUACUCCUUGUACUUUGACAAAUAAAGCUAGUAGCUUGUAUCAUUUUACUGUAUCUUAAAUAACAAAUUAUGGAAUUUCAGUACGAGGACUCUCCAGUGUGCUUGAAUAAUUGUUCUCUCCU